AUGUUUCGAACGAUAAUUUUCCGACAUGACGUAGCCAAAGAAAUUUUUAGGAAAUCCCUCCGGUUGAAAACUUGCAGAAAUGUUUCGGUGGAAUGCGUGAGAAAAAGGCAAUAUCACCGUAUUUUGCUCGGAUCCCAGCAGAACCAAAUUUCGCCGAAUUUACCAGUACAACCCGAACACAAUUUCGUACGAUGCUAUUCGAACGGUUUUCCCAAACACACGAAGGUGGCCCUGCCCGCCCUCUCGCCCACAAUGGAAUUGGGCACGAUCAUCAGUUGGGACAAAAAAGAAGGCGACAAAUUGAACGAGGGCGAUCUUUUGGCCGAAAUCGAAACCGACAAGGCCACCAUGGGUUUCGAAACGCCCGAAGAAGGUUAUUUGGCCAAAAUCCUCGUGCAAGCCGGCACCAAAGACGUACCCAUCGGUAAAAUCGUGUGCAUCAUCGUCGAAAACCAAGCGGACAUCGCGGCGUUCAAAGACUACAAAGACGACAGUCCGGCGCCCGCUCCGGCGGCCGCCGCGGCGCCCCCGCCCGCCCCGACGCCCGCCCCGGCCGCACCCGCUCCCGCAGUCGCCCCCGCCGCCCCCGCUCCGGCUCCUCCGAGCGCUCCGAGCGCUCCGAGCGCUCCAGCCAUACCCGAACCGGACUCGAAAGGUAGGGUGUACGUCAGCCCGAUGGCCAAGCGACUGGCCGAACAGAGGAACAUCCGAUUACAAGGCAAAGGUUCCGGUUUAUUCGGUGCGAUAACAUCGUCGGAUUUGGCAGCGCUAGAAGCUGGUUCAGGUCUCUCUCCUGCCGCAGGUCGCAAAGCAGCAGCAGCAACACCGGGAGCGGCAGCCCCUUCGGCUUCGGCUUCCUUCGUGGAUAUUCCGGUGAGCGGCAUGAGAGCCACCAUAGCGAAGAGAUUGUUGCAAUCGAAGCAAUCGAUACCGCACUAUUAUCUAUCGGUGGAGAUCAACAUCGAUAAAUUGAUGCAGGCCAGGGAAUCGUUCAACAAGAAAUUGGAGAAGGAAGGCGUGAAAUUGAGCGUGAACGAUUUCAUCAUCAAAGCCGUCGCGCAGGCUUCGGUACAAGUACCGGAGGCGAAUUCGUCGUGGAACGACACCACCAUCAGGCAAUACAACAACGUCGACGUGAGCGUGGCCGUAUCGACCGAUAAAGGUCUGAUAACGCCGAUAAUAUUCCAAACGGAGCGAAAAGGUCUGUCGGAGAUCAGCAAAUCGAUGAAGCAAUUGGCGGCGAAGGCGCGCGAGGGGAAAUUGCAACCGCAAGAGUUCCAAGGGGGCACCAUAAGCGUGUCGAAUUUGGGCAUGAUGGGCAUCGAUAGUUUCAGCGCCGUCAUCAAUCCGCCGCAGAGUUGUAUUUUGGCCAUCGGGAGCGCCACCAAGCGGUUGAUCGAAGAUCCGGAGGCGCCCAAAGGAUUUAGGACGGCACAAUUUCUACAAGUAACAUUGAGUUGCGAUCAUCGGACGGUAGAUGGAGCUGUUGGAGCGAAAUGGUUGCAGCACUUUAAACGUUACCUGGAAGAUCCAUUGACAAUGAUUAUGUAA